AUGACGUCGUCGCGUCACACCCGCGAGCGUCAUGACGUCACCGCGCCGACGAACAGGGCCGUCGAUGCUGUCGUCGUCCUCCUCCUCCUCCCACCCGCGCCAUCAUCAUCAGCAGCAGCAGCAGCUAGCAUCGCGACGCAGGGGCACCGGGGCAAAGCGGCGCCCGCUCGCCGCGACUACCGCCAACCCCGCGGCGCCCACUCGCCUCGUCCGAUCUGCGGCGGGAGGGAGGCAGCGAGCGGCAAAGGCGCGGGCCGAGCCACGACGGUUCGAGCCGAGUCCUCCGAGUUGUCGUCCCCCCUCUCCCCGCCCGCUCGCCCGACCUCCCCAUCAUCCUCAUCAUGGACCCGCGCAUCUCGUGGAUUCAGCCGGAGCAGCUGGGCCCCGCCAGCACCCUGUGGAUGCACGUGUGGGAGAGCACGCAGGGCGGCCCAGCGGCCACGGGUCCCCCCGCACUCCCCGGCCUCGCCUGGAGCCGCUUCGGCGGCAGGUGUUGGAGGAGGCCUCGGGCUAGCGGCUGUGGACGUGACCGCCGCCGCCGCCGCCGCGACUCUCUCGCUGCCUCCCGCUCCCUCUGCCACUCCACCACCACCGCCGCCGCUGCUGCUGCUGCCUCCCGCCCGUAACGGCUUCGCCCCGGGCGGCGAGGCGGGACCGGGAGGCCCCGCGACCGUGGCCACCGCCGCCUUUGGUUCGGGGUCGUCUCAUGGCAGUGGCGGCGAGUGCCGUGGUGGAGGUGGUGGAGGAGGUGGUGGAGGUGCCUGGGGAUGUGCUGCGGCGGCCGCUGCUGCCGGGGCCGCGCGGGAGAACCGUGCGAGCACCUACGGCAUGAACGCGCGCAUCCUGGCGGGCGGCGGCUACUGCACCCCGUGGAAGCGGAGGGACUACAGCGAAGGCGUUGGCGGCCUUCACGAGGAGGUGCUGGAUUUCUACGCGUACAUGUCCCCGGGCGAGGCGGAGGAGCGAAUGCGCCGCGAGGUCGUGCACAGGAUAGAGACCGUCGUCAAGGAGCUAUGGCCGACCGCAGAGGUCCAAGUGUAUGGAAGUGUCACUACAAAGCUGUACCUCCCCACAAGCGACAUCGACCUGGUGGUGUUUGGGAACCUGGGGCCCAACCCCAUUUACGCGCUGGAGGAGGCGCUGCGAAGGCACCGCGUGUCUCGGCCCGAGGCCAUGAAGGUGCUGGACAAGGCACGGGUGCCCAUCAUCAAGCUUACGGACGAGCGUACCGAGGUGAAGGUGGACAUCAGCUUCAACGUAGACACGGGUGUGAAGUCUGCCCGGCUCGUGAAGCAGUUCAUCGAGGAGUACCCGCUGCUGCCACAACUCGUGCUGGUGCUCAAGCAGUUCCUGCUGCAGCGCGACCUCAACGAGCCGUACACGGGCGGCGUGAGCUCCUACUUGCUCGUCAUGCUCGUCGUCAGCUUCCUGCAGCUGCACGCGGACAUCGAUGGGCGCAGCGGGGACGGAGACCUCGGCAUGCUGCUCAUCGAAUUCUUUGAGCUGUACGGACGCAACUUCAACUACCUGAAGGCGGGAAUCCGCAUCAAGGACGGCGGCAGCUACGUGGCAAAGGCCGAGGCGCAGAAGGAGCUGGUGGAGGGGUUCGGCCCUUCCUUCCUCUUCGUGGAGGACCCCGUGGUACCAGGUCAGGACCUCGGGCGGAGUUCGUAUGGGGCGAUGCAGGCCCGGCAAGCCUUCGACUACGCCUACACGGUGCUGAACCGUGCCGUCUGCUCACAGGCCAAGUAUUACCCCAACCGCGACCUGGACAGCACGCUGGGCCGGAUCGUGAAGGUGACGCGGGAGGUGACGGAGUACCGCGAGUGGAUCCAGCAGACGUGGGGACUCUCCCCCGUCACGCCCGACCUCUCCGCCUUCCCCUGCUCCCUGCAGCCUGCAGCAUCGGGCUUCAGGCCGCCAGUGCCCGGGCUCCUCGGGGGCGUGCGCCCCGAUCCACGUCUUGUUCUGCUCAAGUGCUCGUCGGUCGCCAUCGCUCCGUCGUCGGCCGGCAACGGCGUCCCUCCCACGCUCUCCGGCGUGGGAGGGGCGGCACCCGGAGCGGCGGUGCCGGGAAGCGGGGACUGGGAGGAGGGUGGCGGGCGGGGAGGCAGCAGCGGCGGAGGAGGAGGCGGCAGCGGUGGCGCCGUGUCUUCGUCGUCGGACUCGCGCUCCAGCAGCCAGCAGGUGUCGACGAGCAGCGGGUCUGCCGCGUCGUCUUGCGAGUCGGCCUCCAGCGACACGGACUCUGACAACCCUGCGGCCCGGCUAACAGCGGUGGUGUCGGCAGCCUCGACUGCGAACCCAGCAAGCGUUGCCUCUCCCUUGCACGAUGUCGCACCCACGCCGGGUCAACCACAGGAAUUCAUGGUGGGAACUUUGCCCUCGGGAGGAUUCCCGUGCGCGCCCUUUGCUGGGGCGAGGGCUGCCCCCGACUACUUGCUGCCAACACCGGCUCCCUACAGCGCGGCCUACGAGCCCGUCCGGAAUCCCCGCUAUCGCCAGGUGGAUGAUUACAGGUACACCGUGCCCAGAGAUGCCCACCCCCACUCGGGGCCCAGCGAUGGGCGUCCGCCCGCGUCGGGGAGCAGCGGCCGGACGAGCCACAGCUACCACAGCAUGCGGCGCAGGCACCGCCGCGGGCAGCAUAACAACCACCAACCGUAGCGGCCUCCACCGUCGUCGUCGCCGCCGCCACGGCCACCUACCCACAACAGCCCUGGCAGCUCGCAUCAAUUUUCCUCUGUCGAGGCAUCGACAAAAGGGUCAAGGCUCGUGAUUGAGUUAGACCCCCGUUGUCCUGCUGGGGUAAGGUUCAGGUUCCGAUCCUUUGCCAGAAUCCACAGUGAUCCUGCUUGGGUGAAGAUUUGGGUUAAAUUCCUCGUGACUGAGAUUCUGGCCCGACCACCUCUGGUCCUGCCAAGGUGCAGGUUGUAGAGUCUAGCCUGGGCCAAGAAUCCAAGGUGAGACCUCGGCUGAGGUUUUAAAACUGGCCACUCCGUGGCUUAUUAAGCGACAGCGUACAAGAGCAAGUACACCAAUUUUGCUUGUGCCCACAGUCGUGUUGUGAAGACUCUGCAUUCAUGCCUUUCUUCCAGAUGUCCUGCCUACAUCAGCCCAGAAGCAAAAGAACAUUGUUGCUUGUGUGGCUCUUUGUUUUUUUUCACAUGAGCUGAAUGGCUUUCAUUUUUAUAUCCGUGCGGUUAUUUUAUUGCCACGUGUCAGGACGUAGAGGUGGAAGGAGAAAUGGCAACAACCGUAAAUAAACGAAGAAAUCUGUCGCGCUCAACUGCAAAGGAGGUUGCAAAGAAAUUGUGAAUUGCUAAAUUCCAGGUAGCCAAAAAAUGAAAUCUCAUUUUACCCUUUUUGUUUUUUGAACACACUUGUACAGCUAUUUUUUUUUGUUACAAGCAAAACAAAACGAAAAUAAAAAUAUAUAUUAAGAGCCAGUGUUGUAAGGUAUUGUGAAGGCAAAGGGAAAUUAAAACUAGUUAUGUAUUUUUAAACAAGUGACACUAAACCUAUAUAUACAAACACAUUGCAUGUUUACUACAAGAUUAUUUUUGCUAAACAGUUGUAUAUAUUGAUGGAAUAAUGUUGAAAUAUCGACUGUAAGUGAUGAUUUUAAUACGGUUCGAAUUUCGAUAAUGUAGCUCGUGGAAGCUGUGCUUCCAUUAACCUCAUAAAUACAAAGUGCACUGACCUAGGCGCUUGAUUUCAGCACACCUAAGUGGCGUCGCUCCGUAUUAGGCGAUGGUGAAAGAGUUUCGCAUACGUUGUAACAACAGCCAGAGCGGCCAUGCACGGUCUUAACAUCCAGUCCCCCAACCCCAGCACUCCAAACCUGAUUAAUUAUACUGUAGCAUUUGCAGAAGGUUAAGUAAAUGGUGGCCUGAUUUUCACUAACUGGGUGCACAGGUGCAAAAUGUAGAUGGGCCAUUGUGUGUGUUUGUGUGCACCCAAGAGCCCGUGUGUGAAGGUUGCUGCCCCCAUAACCCAUCUCAAACUUUCGCAUUGGUGGUUGCGAGCCCUGCGCAUCGCUUUGAUAACUGCGCCAUUGCGAGUAAAACACAAGGUGGCUUGCUGGUUCGAGAUCAUGGGACGACCAAUGCAACUGCAAUGCUGGCAAGCACUUUGUAGAAUGUCACACUGCCCUCUUGGUUAUAUUUGCCCCAAAGUGUUUUUGCUGGCUGCCAAACGUAACCCGGGAGCAUAGCUGGCAGUAUUCGUGAUAUUUUAGGUGAAAUGCUUCGAGUCUCGAAUGUUUUGGCCGUGCUCCACAUAAGAACAAGGCAGGCCAAAUGUGGUUGUGAAUGUGACGGUUAUACUGUAACGCUAAUGUGCAACUUCAUAGGCACUCUCUCAAGAUCACUGGUUCAUGUUUUAAUUCCUGCAUUUUUGUCCCACCAUUAGCUCUUGUUUUUGAGCUGAUAAACCAUUAAGACAAAUUGAAACAUGCUUUGAAAAUCAACAAUGUUUUGGACAUGUCAAAGUUGGCAGCCAUUGCAAUGUGUGCCGUGUAUUAUAGUGAUAGACACGGGAAUGAGCGGGCAGUUGUUGGCACGAAGCAUUUUACCAUUUUAACAUCCGCUCCUAACUUGUGCAGCAUUGAGCAACAUCGGUUGUGCGUGCCACAUUGAUGCUUGACCACUGUGCGAGGUGUCGUUUAAGGCUUGCGGCCGUGCGUUUUGAUGUUCUGUGCUUUCUGCGUUUUGAAUGAAUAUACAUGAAUGCUCCUGCAACCGGGGAGCGUUUGGUUCAACACGUUAACAACCACUCCAGUGUUGUCUGGGUGUUAUGCAAUCAUCCCCACUAAGAAAUAACAGGCGUGUAUAUUUGUGCAAUAGCGUUACGUAAGAUGCAUUGUUGGUGACCAGCAUUUUAUACAUGUAAACACAACGGCCCUUUAAACUGAAACGCGCAGGUUUGUUGGGGUUAAAAACAAAAAAAGUGCCAGUUCCAUCAGGUAGCGUCACCGUGUUUUAAUUUCGGUUUCCGCUUUACGGUGGCGGCGGUGGUUUUGUAACGGCUCGAACAUUGCCACGUUUGUGCAAACAACGUUGCUUUUUUGGGUUGCAGUUUUUUUACAGUGAACCAAGCCAACAGUCGCGCUAAAGUGCUCUCCAUCUGGCAGACCCCCCCCACCUCCCUAACCCGGUUUGUCAUGACUUCCCCACGAGUCGUGAUUAGGCAGUGGGAAAUUAAUGUACUGGUGGAUAAAACCAUUUGUGGAUGCCACAUUGCUUUUACCGCCACUUUUAAAAGGCAACACUUUGAUUCGUGGCCAGAUCUUGUUGUGCUCUGCACUUCUUCCCACUUCCGUGGUAUUGUGGAACUGUUCACGGACCGAUUCGUCAAUUGAUGCCAUGCGGCAGCCGUACGCUUGCCGUCACAACUAAAAGAAAGUGUAAAAGUUAUUUGAAACAUUUGUGAUUGACUGGUCUUUACAGGAUUCCAUUCAGCCACUUGUGCCACCUGCUAUCAUUUGCAGUUUAUACACGCAGUGGACAUGAAGUUACGUGGGUCCACCGAACAGAUAUGCCACAACCAAUGUUCUCGUGGCAGAGUACCGUACGGUGUUGGCUGUGGGUGUUUGUGUGCAAGCCAUUGCAGAGAUUUGUAGAGAACAUUUUCCGCUAUUGGAUAAUUUCCAUAGCUACAUGCAUUGCUUUUGGGUUCUUGGUUGGAAGCACAGAUGCAGUUAAUUUAAUCUUUGGCGGUAACCUCAGAUGGAAGUUUUUUUUUAAGGAUUCCCCUCCAUGAAGAUGGGGUCAUGCAACAUCGAGGUUUCGGCAUUUUUUUCCGACAGUGCAUUUGUCGUGAACUUUUCCUGCUUUAAACGUUCUUAAAGGAAGCACACACAGUUCUAUAUGCUGUAUUCUUGCAUAUUUUGUUUUAAAGCGGUGAAACACUUACAUAGGACUGGCCAUGCGUCAUUUUUAAGGUGGAUAUUCACGUAAAGGAUCCCUUGCUGUGUUUUUGCUAAACUCUAUAAUAUGAAGUUGCGUGAUUAAUGCACUUGGUUUUGGUUUUUGAUUUUUGUAAUGCGUCAUUUUACUAUGCAAUGUUUCCCUUGUGCAGCGCUGGUAAAGAUCAUCGCAGCCUGGGUGUACAAUGGAAAGCCGACGCGUGUUUAUUGUACGGCAGCUGAUAAUUUGUGCAGGAAUGGCAGCAGGUAGGAUUUACCGCUAACGCGUGGCAAUGCAAAGACAUACGUUUUGUAGACCAAGAGCUAUUAUGCCUAUCAGACCUUAGAUAUCAAGCGAUAGGUUUUAAUGUGGCUUUUUCCAUUUUUUUUAUUUUGUACUAAGUGUUUAACAUUAAAAAACAAACCCCAACAAAAGCAAUUAUAUACGAAAAAAGGAAAUAAAAAAAUAUCAGUUCUAGGCACCCUAACGGGCAAUUUAAUAUAUAAACAUUUACGUAAAUUAGUAAAGUUAAUAAAAUAGAAAUUAAGUCACCGGUACUGUUUUAUUCAUGAGUUGUUUAACCGCUUAAUUCUGCGCAUUGAUACGUUCUUGUGAACUUGACUCGAAAGCAAUGGUUUGCAAGUCGCCACUGUUUCGCGUAAAACACGCGGCGCUGUGGUGGCAUUGCGCGCCGUGGGCGGUGUGGUGAGUAUAAUGAAUCCAGGGUUGUAAAAUAAGAGUGCCUGGUUGCCUCGUAUGCUUGAAUUUGUAUCUGUGAUGUGGCCAGUCCAGUUCUGAAAAAGCGCCGGCGGAUGAAACACAACUGUAUUUUCAUUGUUAUUGUGGUUAUUUUAAAAAACACAAAGACAAAAAAUAGUUUUGCUUAACAUCCUUUAGGAAUUUUACAUUGUGCACAUUGUGUUUUUAUUAAUAUUAUUUGAAUUUGCACAUGGUUGAAGUUGCGAGUAUAGCACUAUGUACCAUCUACAUUACUAGCAUGGAGAAACCUGGGUUUGUACAACUGUUCUUAAAACGUACACGGCAACCUCAAAACGAGACUCGAGCCAAACGAAACAAAGCUGUGCAAGGGCAGGCCUUGUUACUCCACCCCAUCACAACCGAUGUCAAGGACCUAAGGAUUUGGGCAAGGCCUUUCCCAAAUAUCCCCCAUUUUAGGUGCCUCCCUGCAUGCUCGCCUGCCUCUAAAACGUUCUUUUUGCAUUCAAGGGCCACACUUGGUGUAAGGAAUCUCUCAAAUUCCAUCAUGGGGUCACUACUUCCAAAACAAAUUUGUGGAUCACUGCCUCCCAAACUUUGGGACAAGUAUGGCCUUAAUCUGGGACCUACUGUAGAUUCUAGAUGCAUUCCGACAUGUGCAUAAUUGACCGUGCUGUUUGAGAGGGUGAGAUGCAGUUUUGCAGGGUUUGAUUGGCAGAUGGUACUGGUUGAGAAGCCUUUUAAGGGCUCUUUUGGCUGCCAUUAUUGGGUUUUUUUAUAAUUCGGGAAAUUUGAACCGUUCGUGAGGGGUGUGAUAUUACAGCAGAAUUCAAGUGUUUUUGCUCCAAAUGAAUUUCAAUAUUUGGUGAUCGUUAUAUCAGUUUUUUUUUCUUGGAGAGGACAAUAAAAUCGACAAAUUUCCAAGUUAUAAAAACAAAAGACAAUUAAUGCUCGUGCAAAGCCUCGGAGCCAUAUUUGCCGAAAUGUAUCAGUCUUAUUUAUGCUUUACCGUAUGUACUUUGUGAUGGCCCACAUGGAAUGAUGCCACAUCAGAUUGCAGGGAUUUUAACAAGUCGCAUGCUUGGCAUUUGUUCAAAAGGAAGUUUUUCAGUCUGUUUUAGCAAGUGUGCAACUUGUCUACGGUGCAAUUAACCUGAUAAUGGAUCGAACGAGUUAUUGUUUUCCUUUUUGUAGAAUAUCAAAUGGUGGCCUGUAACAGCAACGAGUAAUACCUGGAGCAGUUCUCCAGUGAAUAUUUGUUUUUUAAUCACAAGACGGCGGAUGAUACUGUGGGGUUUGCAGUUUGGUUCUUGGCAAAUGCUUCCAAUAAUUGAAAGCCACAAACAUUUUAUUUAAUUCCCAUGAUUUCAGGGAACAUUUGUGACCAUUGUAGUUGGGUUUAAAUGGGCCCUGCUUCCAUCGCGCAUGACCUUGUAAAGAAUUUCACAAUAUUCUUUUUAAAAAGUUUCAAAGUAAUAAAAUUAAUGUUUUUUUACACAGCGUGAUAAAAAAUAAUAGUACAAUACAUGGACAUUUAUUAAUGCUCCUUUUUUACUUAAUGUUGAGCGUGAAUUUGAACAGUCAGUGUUUUAGUUUACUGCAGUGGAAGGAGCACAUCCGUUGUAACAAAGCAGUGUUGUUUUAUUCUUCCAUUGCAAUGUUUUAAAAUCCUACUUAACGUAACAUUCCAGUUUUUAACAAAGGUUUUUUUUCGGAGGGACUUUAUGCACUAAAGCUGUUCAUGCACAUCCACUCAUGGUGCUGUGGACACCAAAACUGAAAACAGAACAGAUUAUUGAAAUGGACAGCAGUUUUGGGUUUGUGGGAGAGCUCUUAUUGUCGGCUGGGUUGGCAGGGUUGUUACGAUAAGGGGUAGUAGUCGGGGUAGUUGAUUUGCGUGUGUACUCCAUCCCCAAACUGCUUGCCCCCUCCUCCCUAUUUCAGUUCAUGGCUGCUUUUGAUUUCUGAUAUUUGGAGCGCCUGAAAAUGAGAGGGCAUCCCAAAUCUGCAUCACGUGCCACCGCACGGACAAACCAAAAGUUGUCUUUGUAUUCCGGUUCUGUACACAGGGACACCGUGUGACAGUGUGUAACGUUAUUAAUGUUCAAUUGCCAAUAAAAAAAAUCUGUUUCAGUUUGAAUUUA